UGUCUGGCUGUGGGAAGGUGGUCCUGGUCCUGGUAGAAAAACACCGUCCAGUAAAAGCGACCAACGGAGCAACUCUGCGUGUUUUUGUUCAGUCCCGUCAUUUCCAAAACACAGCACGAACCUUCGGAACUGACGCAGAAAGUUGCUGACAAUGGAAGUGAUGGAUUUGAGUUCUUUGUCAUCGGGAAUAAAGUUGGGAAACUACGAGGUGAAAAUGGAGAGCCCAGCUGAGUGAGAGUGGGGUGAGGAGGCUGGGUUUGGCAAAGUUGGGAGUCCUGCCCUGCCGCUAGCAGGCUAGUUAGCACGCUUAAACUGUUCCGUUGUCUCGGAUAAGUAAUGAGAGCUUCACUCCGCUGCUCUCCAGCCUGCGAUUCUCCAGGGGAGCUGCUUUAUCUGCAGCAAGACCAAAGCUGACAUUACAGCGUCUCCCAAUGGAUCGAAGCAGAGUGGAUGAUCGUAUUUUCUUUGGAUGGUCUGCGUGACUGUUUCUGCAUUUCUCCAAAAGGCAGCCACAUUUAAGCCGGUCUUGCUUCCUCUCCCCGCCCCAAUCGAUAAUUUUCUUGUCGUGAGCGUGAAUACUAACUAAUAUUCUCUCAAACAUUGAACAUAUCACGCUGUCUGAGAUGGGGCCCCGGUUGUUUCUUCAAGGGGCUUGAAGUACCCCUUUCCUGCCAACAGUGCAGCCUGGCUGUAUGUGCGAGACCCACCAGCAGAGGCCCGUGAAAGAACUUGUUAAAAGACAACCAACAGUACAGCACUUGCUGAUGGAGCCGAAAUGCACAAUGUGCUCGCCCAAAAUAUAUUCAUGAACUCUUGGACUUUUUAAACUGGACUUAAGUGGACGUAUCAGGUGUAUUCAUGAACUGUGAUGCUGAUGCCAGCUCAUCAGGACUUGAGUGGGUAUAAUCAGCUUUAUUCAUGAACCCCCUGUCUGAGUCUGGGUACGGGCUGGAUGUUGGAUACCCUGAGUGUGUUGAAUCAGCUGUUGCGGUGAUGAGGCAGGGCUCCUGGUGGCCUGUGAGGCUGACUGGGCAGCGGCCCAAGGUGAUGUGAUGGGGUGCAGGAACAGUAAGGUCCUCCCUGAGCCUCCAGGGGACGUUCAGUUGGACCUGGUCAAAAAGGUUGAUCCUCUCCCACCUCCUCAGACAGAUAUCUAUAAGCACUUCAUAAGAGGGGAUGGCACUAGAAGCAAGACGGGUGGGGCUGGUGGAGGGGGAGGUGACAAAGCUGACUCCACCUCCCAAUGUCAGGCCCAGGCCCAAGCCCAAGCCGCCACUCCCACUGCUUCCGCUCAGCCCCCUAAGGACCCGUCAGAACUGUCCGACCCUCAGCGGAAGAAGGUGGCAAAAUAUCGAGCCAAGUUUGACCCCCGGGUCACAGCAAAGUAUGACAUUAAAGCUCUGAUAGGUCGCGGGAGUUUUAGCCGCGUUGUUCGCGUGGAGCACAAGAGCACGCGACAGCCGUACGCCAUCAAGAUGAUCGAGACACGUUACCGGGAGGGGAGGGAAGUGUGCGAGUCUGAGCUGUGCGUUCUGCGACGCGUCCGUCAUACCAAUAUAAUCCAGCUGAUGGAGGUCUUUGAGACAGCAGAACGUGUCUACAUGGUGAUGGAGCUUGCCACUGGAGGAGAGCUCUUCGAUCGGAUUAUUGCACGUGGCUCGUUCACAGAACGGGACGCCACGCGGGUGCUGCAGAUGGUGCUGGAUGGCGUCAAGUAUCUUCACACUUUGGGGAUCACUCACCGAGACCUAAAACCAGAAAACCUGCUCUACUACCACCCUGGAGCCGAUUCCAAGAUCAUCAUCACUGACUUUGGUUUGGCCAGUAGCAGGAAGAAAGGGGACGAGUGUCUGAUGAAGACCACAUGCGGCACGCCAGAGUACAUCGCCCCAGAGAUCCUGGUGAGGAAGCCUUAUACAAAUGCUGUAGACAUGUGGGCGCUGGGGGUGAUUUCGUACAUCCUGCUGAGUGGAACCAUGCCCUUCGAGGACGACAACCGCAUGAGGCUGUACCGGCAGAUCCUGAAGGGGAAGUACAGCUUCUCUGGAGAGCCGUGGCCCAGCGUGUCCAACCUGGCCAAAGACUUUGUAGAGCGGAUUCUAACCGUGGACCCCAGCGAGCGGCUCACAGCUGGCCAGGCCCUCAAGCACCCCUGGAUCGUCAGCAUGGCCGCCUCCUCCUCCAUGAAGAACCUGCAGCGCUGCAUAUCUCAGAACCUCUUGAAGCGGGCGUCGUCACGCUGCCACAGCACCAAAUCGGCCCAGUCUACUCGCUCAAGCCGCUCCACCAAAUCCAACAAAGCACGGCGGGUGCGAGAGAAGGAGCUGCGCGAGCUGAACCGUCGAUAUCAGCAGCAGUACAAUGGCUGAGAUACGGCGCGUGACAGCCAAGGGACUGUAGCCGACCUUGUGUUUUGGGGGGGAAACAGCAUGACAGUGACUGAACCUUUAAAAUGACUCCCACCAUUUGAAGUUGCUGCAAGUAUUAGAGGCUAAAAUGGCUUUAAGCCCCAAAUCAUUGCCUUUCAAAAAAAAAAAGAAAAAAAAAAGACGACAGUGACUUGACUACAUCCAUUGCUACCAGCAGAAGUUGAAUUAAGGUUGACUGCUGCCAGUUCAGACUUGAGAAUGAGUCAAAAACGAUCCUGAAGACAAUGUAAUCUAAGUUCAUGUGUCUCCUCAUGAGCACAGAAAAGGACACACUAGGUUACAUCAUCUCUCCAUCCAUUUCUCCACCUUUUCUCUGGCAGGAUGGUGCCUUCCACUCCUUUGCUUUUGUUCCUUCAAUCCCUGUGUCUCUACAUAUUUAUUUAUUAUUGUUGACAUGAUUAUUAGUCUCCAUUCAAAUGGUCACUGGAUAAUGACCUUCCACGAGGAUCUGUUGAACAGAGUUCUGGGUACUGAAGUUUGUAAGAAGAAAAGGAGGGGAAAACAAACUCCCUUCACUCACUCCUGAUCGAAAAUUGCUGUGAAUUUAUUAUUGUACUAAUUGUGCAGACCUUGUCUUAAGAUGUGGGUGAUGGAAACGCAACAGCCACACCCUUAGUGGUCAAAAUGAAGGCGUAUUUUUUUGGUAGUCAAUUCUAAGCUUAUCUCAUCUUGCCAUUAUUGCUCUCAUUGUUUUAAAGCUGUCAGAAGAUUGUGAAGCUGUUUGUGUCAGUGUUAAAUCUUUACUGUGUCAGAAUAGACAAUAUGCCAGACCACCCCUCUCUGAAAGAUUCUUCGAGAUCACUAUAAUCACUCAUGAAGGACCUGCUAUGAUCCCUUCGCGUUAGAGCAGUAUUACAAUAAGUCAUUGUCUUUAUAAGGAUAUGUGGUCAUUUUGGUUGUUGUGUGGUUUUACAUUUUCAUUGUUGGUUUCCGUUAGAAUGGCACAUGUUGUAUGCAACAAUGAGAGCAAAGCUCUUUGUUAUAUAGGACCAGUUCCAGUUGUACCAGUUCUUUGUAAGUUCAAACUUAGCCUGGUUAUAAGAAAAAUGUUCACCAAGUGGAGAUUUUUACAUCACUCAAUUGAAACAGGUUGCACCACACAAACUAGUUAGGCAAAGGAAUUAGUUGUCACUAAAUAUUUAUUACAUUCUGUUCCAUAACUGAACCCACUGAAGAAGCUAAUAUUAGCUUGCUAUUAGCUGACAAGUUUAGACUGAGUAGUAAAGAAGAUAUUUGACCUGACAUUUGAAGUAUUUAGGUAACUUGGAAUUAAGAAUAUAUUUACCAAAACCAUACUUAAAAGAGAAUUACAAAAUAUUAUGCCAAAAACACUAACACUUUUAGCUAGGUUAGCAUAACCAGAUGGUUUCAACUCAAUCAAAAUUGCAAAAAUGAUUCUUAAAAGAAUGAUCAUAUGAAAUAAAGCAUUGUAAUACAUUUACAAAGCAUUAAGAUGUGGUUUACCCCUUUAACCAGAUUAUUGGAAGGUAUGCUACAGUUUAUGAUGCUACAUUGGCUUCCUGUUUACAUGUCCAUUACUUUACCCGUUAAGAACUUGGACAUUUCUCAAGUUUCAUGGUAUAACCUGAUUUAGUAAUUGACUAGUUUGGAACUAGCUAAUUAUUGUCAUAAACUUCACUUACAAAAGUUUGACUGGAUUUACAAAUGGCAGGUGCAACCCAAGUCCUGCCAUUUUGCUAGCUAGCCUCUGUUUCACUAUCAUCUGUAACUCAGUGAGUUCUUUUAAACAAUAUAUGUUUUAUCUUACAACACAUCACACCAGUUUUAGCCAUUGGCAUGCUGUCAAGUAAGUGUCAAUCAUUCUCUUGUUGGCUCACUGUACUUUUACUAGUUGACCAGAGGCUAGGUGAGAGGGCACGUCAGCAUUUUCUUCAGUUUCCAAAGGUUGCCCGGCACAGUAGUUCUUCGGCAGGUUAUGGGGAGCCGGCAGAAUAACAACUGUGUACACUCUUGACCAAAAUGCAGGAAACCACUGAAAAUAUGAGAAUGAUGUAGAGGUUAAUCAAAUAACGGUUGUAUGCCAAUUUGUCUUAUGUAUAUGUGAUUUUUAAAACAUUUUGAAUCAAAGAACCAAGCACAUCCAACCAUGCAUUCAUAAGUUAGUAUGUAAGGUUACCUUUUGUCUGUAAGUGCACUUAAAUCUGAAUAGAUUCCAAAGGCUGAACUCAGUUUAUCAGACCCAUAACACUGAUAGUAAUACAGUAGGUUGAAGCUCUUGUGUUGUGGAAUUUCAGCUCGCAUGGAGAAAACUCAGAAGAUUUUUCUCCCUCAAUACAUACUACUAGUACUCCCUUUGUCAGUCUGAAUCAUGACCAGUGAAUCAGUCCAGUACAUUUCAUGUGUAGAUGGCCCACAUCAUUACACAAUAAGGUUCUGCAACUGCUGCAUUGUUCAUAGCAGUUCAUAUAACAGCAGUUAUCUUAAAUGAGACUAGAGUAGGGAUUGUGUUUUUGUGAAACUGUGGUAAAUUGAGGUAGUAAACGGCUGUUCAAGCAAAGUGAAAUGAAUAAUGGAUGCAACUUUUAGUUUGAUCAUCAUAUCCGUGUUUACAAGACUGAUUGCAAUUGAUUCAUCUCCAUCUUCAAAUAUGUGAUAUUUGAUUAUUGAUUUUUGAAUUUCCCAAAAGAAGCAUAACUUCAAGAUUUAGAAAAACUGAUUGGGAUUAUUGAAUUUUUUUUUUUUUUUUUGCUUUCUUUCUGUUUUUGGAAAUGCACUUAAUCGAUAGUUCAGUUACGUUCAAAUGUGUUUUUGUAAUUGCAGCCUUCAUCUUUAUUGGACCUGUCCAUCGCAUUUUCAUGUAUUUUGCCCCUCAGAACACUCCCAGUGUUAGUCCGUUGCUACAGUGUGUUCUGUUCUUCUUUAUAUGAGCAUUGUGCUGUGAUCCACCCCAGACUUUUAAAGUGUGUUGCUGUUGUGAACUCUUUUUUUUUUUUUUUAAAUACAUACUGGAAACCUAACUGAGCCAUGUCAGGUGACCUCAGUUUUUCCGUUCUUCUUUGUCUUUUUGUCCUUUGCUGGUUCCAUGACACUUUGUAAUCUUUCUUUUUCCAUUUUCCUUGAUUCAUAAUCUUUGUCCCACUGCUGUUUCCUGUCCUGAUGUCUCACACCUUGAUGGGACUAAAAUGUUUAUAAAAGACCUUAAGUGAGGCUGACAUUGGAACUGGUAUUGUUACACUCAAAUGUUGUUUUAACAUCAAACGCACACGCUCUGUAUUCUUGAAAAGUCCUGCACAGAGAGAAAAGCUCUGUCCUCUUUAAAAACAGAUUUUGGUCAAAGUAUCACUUUAAAGUGUGAUACUCUGCAACAUACAGUAGUUCUGGUCAUGAGUUCAUGAAUGGUAUGUGAAAUAAACAGUAAAAUCUAAGCUUUACGACUGGCAGUCAAAGUAAUUGUUUGGACUCAAAGAAAUUGCUGUGGUAGAACUAACCAGCAGCAUUGUUGGGUGCCUGUUGUAUACCAUGUUCAGUGAACCAAUCAGUCCUUUAGCAGAUUUGCAGAAUGUCAGCACAUUUGUAAAAGUGUUUCCUGUCCUGUUUUUAUAUAUCUGUGUGAUUUUAUAUAAAUGCUGUCAUCCUAAAUGAAGUAGCCAGCUCAACACUGUUACCUGAAAACAGUUGUUCAUCUUUUGUUAUUGUGUGUCGAAAUGAAUGAUAACACUUUGAUUCUUCUACCAUUAACUUUUUUAUUUUUUUAAACGGUGAGUUGUACGUGCUAAUAAAACACUCGAACCUGACUCGCCGGAGUGCUUUUAGAUUUUUUUUUCAUCAUCAUUCUCACAGAGCAAGCCUGUUUGUGACCGGUCCAAAAGAUUACAAGUGUGUAUGAUUGUGCGUGCGUGCGUGUGUGUGAAUUGCACAACAAGAUUACACUUACUUGCAGGUUCAUUAGUUCACUGUUUUUAUUCCCUCCUCCACCUCAGUGCGCAUAACCAUGGAAUGUUAUGAAGCUGGACUUAAUUCAGCACAGAAAUUAGGCCACUACUUCACUGGGGGGAAAAGCCCAAUAUAAUUUAAAAUAUAAGAUGAAUGUCCUUUGGAAACAGGCCAGACUGAAACACAACUUGGUGCAUAAAUUGUCCUUUUGUGUAACUUUAAAGCUUUAUUUUCCCUGAGGCUUUUUUGUAUGAGCAAUAAACUAAAUGACUGUAAUGUGAAAGGGGUCGUGUUAAGUAACAACUUUAAUUUGAAAAAUAUCUGAUUUAAUUUUGGUUUUACAGCACAUUUGCCAUAUGGUUCAGCCUCACUGCUCUCAUCAACCUUGAUUCUAUCCGCAGCUGUUUUCAUAAAAAAA